GUGUCCACUAAACCUAACGAACUAGGUAUACGUAAAGCCUAUUGUAGUGCAAACUGUGACAAUUGAGUGUGGGGUUUUGAGUAGUCUACUCUGGCUUCUCAGUUCCAUUGCAGUACACAAAUCAUAGACAUUGGACGAAUGCGUCGUAAGUACAUGGAGUUUCGUUAAGAGCUCCGACGCUUGGGCAGAACAUUAACACGCAUCGCUUGCGGUACGGUUUUGGAAGCAUAAGGACUUCUUUCAUAUCAGCGAGAUUUUUUUAUUUUUUUAAACGUUAAAUUGAUACACCUUUUUUAUAUAGUUAUUGUUCCCACACGGACAUCUAUCCAUGUUACAUCGUGUGUUUACGGAAGACUGUGUUAAUUAUUAGAAUGCCAGAAACUGUACUUUAGUCACCGGGAAAUAUUUUAACUGCCAGUUAAAACAGUGUACAGCAGGGGAGGACGGCUCAUAAUAAUGUCUGGAAUGCAAUGGCAUCAAACACAUGGAAACCAUGUUUGACGUAUUUGAUACCAUUCCCCUAUUUCUGCUCCAGCCAUUACAACGAGCCCGUUCUCCCCAAUUAAGGUGCCACCAACCUGACAGAGUGUCAAUAUUGCAUUUGGGAAAUUAUUUUUUGAUAUGAAAGUAAAGGGCUUUAUGUUAAUAGAACCGUAUCGCAAUUGAUAAUCGAGUCACGCUUAGAUGAAGUACUUGGCUGUUUUGGCUGCCAGAGUUAGUCAUGCUCUUAAGGAGCUGUUAUUUUCAGAGAUAAUCUUGGGCUACCCUGACCUACGCCACUAAAGCCAGUCUACAUCCACUAAAGCCAGUCUACAUCAUAUGGACACUGGCUAUGAAGUUUAUUUUUUUAUUUGAUUUUCCAUCCAACUUUUGCUUAACGUUGAUAGGGUGUGGAGCAUGUGGACGUCCUGCUGUAACUGGUUCUGUCUGGACACUGCCACGGUGGAGGAGAGCAACAACAGCACGCGUCACCAGGCCUAUACUAACUCAGGUUACAGCAGCUACCCGUCGCCCCCACUCCCGGAACACACGUGCAAAGCCUGCGGAAGCCGCUUCGUCACCCUUGCCAGAAAGCAUGUCUGCAUGGACUGCAAGAAGAACUACUGCGGCAGAUGUUCGGCCCAGCUUGAGCCCCAGCAACGCCUUUGCCACACUUGCCAGCGGUUUCACGGCACGCUUUUUGAGCGCACCGAGCUGAUGAAGCUCAAGGUGAAGGACCUGCGCGACUACCUCCACCUGCACGAGGUCUCAACACAGAUGUGCCGUGAGAAAGAGGAACUGGUGGAGCUGGUCCUGGGACAGCAGACACCAUCAUCCUCUGGCCCAAUCAUAAACCCUCUGACCCAAACACAGACCCCCACCGCGACCCAGCAUGAGACAACUCCUCUUCCAGCCCCCACUACUAGCACCACCACACCCUCCACACACCCCGACUCCACCUCUGCAGACCAUGUCCCUUCACAGCCGCCACCCACUCAGGAGGGCAGUCAGACCCCGUCUGUGUUGGUGCCCUUGGGUCCUGAGGAGCCACUGGACAAUGAGGGAGAUACAGAGCUGCAGGGAGAGCAGGAGCUGCAGUCCUCAGACACAGAUGAGGUGCUGGCGCCAGGCCGCAGGGCGUCGCUGUCAGACCUGGCCACGGAAGACGACAUCGAUGCCCUCAGCGUUCGGCAGCUCAAGGAGAUCCUAGCCCGUAACUUUGUUAACUACAAGGGCUGCUGUGAGAAGUGGGAGCUAAUGGAGAGGGUCACCCGCCUCUAUCACGACCAGAAGGACCUCCAGAAUCUGGUUUCAAGUACAAAUGACGGCACAGACCCCAGUGGUACCCCUGGCCAGGAGGAGAACCUGUGUAAGAUCUGCAUGGACUCUCCUAUUGACUGUGUCCUGCUGGAGUGCGGCCACAUGGUCACCUGCACCAAGUGUGGCAAGCGGAUGAACGAGUGCCCCAUCUGCAGGCAGUAUGUGGUGCGCGCCGUUCACAUCUUUAGAGCCUGAGACCCAAGCCUUGGGAAUCCCCCCCCUUCCCCCCACCUACCUCCCGUAAAUUAACAAGGGACUUGCUACAUGUGGCCUUACCACCCAUAGACUAGACCAGGGGUAUUCAACUCUUACCAUAUGAGGUCUGGAGCCUGUUGGUUUUCUGUUCUACCUGAUACAUAUUUGCAUCUACCUGGUGUCCAAGGUGUAAAUCAGUCUGUGAUUAGAGGGGAGCAAUGGAAUGAAAGCAGUGGAACUGGCUUUGAGGUCCAGAGUUGAGUUUGAGGGGACUAGACUAACCUCCUCUCCCUCCAGUUCUCCACUGCUCUGAUGGUCCUGGGGACCCAGAGUACUGGUUCUCCCUGCUGGAGGGAUGACCAGGGGAGGUUAUACCUUCAAUAAACCACAGAAACCCAAUGA